ACGGAGGACGGCCAGCUGCGGCUAACGGACGGCGGCGGGAAGGUCGGAUGGCUGUCCGGCACGGCGGGACAAGGCGUGAAGGCUCUCCACUUGGAUGGCAGGACCGGCAAUCUCGUCCUCGUCGACGCCCAGAACCGCACGAGGCGUGGCAAAGCUCUGACGAUCCGACGGACAAAUUCAUACGGGGCCAGCAUCGCACACUGCCGGCGUACUUCGUCGCGUCCAUGACUAGCGUGACCUCCUCGCCAUUCUACUCCUUGGAGCUUGACGGCGACAAGAUCGCCGCCUACAUCCACGUCGGGUACACGAGCUACUCCUACUGGGAGCUCGCCCCAACAGCAAACCGGACGAUGGCAUCGGCAAGGCUGGACGGGUCGGGGCUCAAGAUGCUUGACGCGCAGGGAAUCAUGGUGGCGCAGGUCUCGCCGCCGGUCAAGAAGCCACCUCUUAGCUUCUUGGCGCUCGGCGGCGACGGCAACCUGGAGAUGUUCUACUACGACGCCCGUCACCGGAGGUUCAGGAUCUCGUACAAGGCGCUCGGGCUCUGCGAGCUCCCGCUCUCCUGCGGCGUCCGCGAGGUGUGCUCAGCCGCCGGGAAAUGCAAGGACUUCGUCGCGUACGCCGACAGGCCGCCGGCGCGCGCCGGCAACGCCUUCUGCUACGGGACCGGCGGCGAGGCGUGUAUGGUCCACUUGAGGGCCGUCACCACGGUGCUCCGGACCACGUCGCCGCCGCCGGCGCUGGCCAACGUGACGCUGCGGCAGUGCGUGGCGCGGUGCGCGAGCAACGCCUCGUGCAACGGCGCGCUCUACGUAAAGGGCAACGCCGGUGUCGCCGCGGCGGCCGACCACGGCGUGUGUGAGCACUAAACGCUGACGGCGGGCGCCAGGGAGGUGACUGACGGGAGCCGGCGCCGGUACAGCUACUGGGUGAAGCUCCCUGCAGCAGAAGCAGCAGCAGGAGGAGGAGAUGACGAGGACGUGCAGGACGACAGCAUGCUCAGCAAGGUCCUGAUGAUCUGCGGGGCGAUCGACGUGGCGUGCGCCGUGGUGUUUGCGGUGCUCAUAGCCUUGUAUUUUCGGCGGCUUCGUAGGCUCGCGGCCGCGGUGGACAGGGUCGUCGAGCUCCAACAAGGCGAGGCCGAGAGCUCCGGGGAGCAAAAUAGUUUUGACAGUA